CCACUUCAUCUGUCACUCUCUCCUCAGAUGAUGCAGUUUUCUUGGGACAAUUAUAAGCGCUACGCCUGGGGCUCCAACGAACUGCGUCCUGUCUCUAAACAAGGCCAUUCCAGCAAUUUGUUUGGUAGUCUCAAAGGAGCCACCAUUGUGGAUGCUCUGGACAUGCUCUACAUUAUGGAGAUGUAUGAUGAAUUUGAGGCUGCUACUGAGUGGGUGGAAAGGAACCUAGACUUUAACAUGAAUGCCGAAAUCUCCGUCUUUGAAGUGAACAUCCGUUUUGUUGGAGGCCUGCUAUCUGCCUAUUAUCUCUCAGGCAAAGAGGUGUUCAGGAGAAAAGCUGUUGAACUAGGAGAGAAGCUGUUGCCGGCUUUUAAGACCCCUACUGGCAUCCCUUGGGCUCUUCUCAACCUAAAGAGUGGGAUCGGCAGAAACUGGCCAUGGGCGUCAGGAGGAAGCAGUAUUCUCGCCGAAUACGGGACGCUGCAUUUGGAGUUUAUGCAUCUCAGUGCACUUUCGGGGAGACCAGUUUUUGCCGAGAAGGUAAUGAACAUCAGAAAGGUGCUGAAUCGACUGGACAAACCUCAAGGAUUGUACCCGAAUUACCUGAACCCUAACAGCGGGGACAGUGGCCAGCAUCACGUCUCAGUUGGAGGCUUGGGGGACAGUUUCUAUGAGUACCUGCUGAAGGCCUGGCUCAUGUCAGACAAAACUGACGAGGAGGGAAAGAAGCUUUACUACGAUGCCCUGCAGGCGAUUGAGAAGAAUUUGAUCCGCAAGUCAAGCGGAGGGUUGACGUAUAUCGCUGAAUGGAAAGGCGGACUCCUGGAGCAUAAGAUGGGUCACCUGACCUGCUUCGCCGGUGGUAUGAUCGCUUUAGGGGCGGACGGAGCCCCCGAUGAUAAGACAGGUCACCAGAUGGAACUGGCGGCUGAGAUCACCCGCACAUGUCAUGAGUCUUACACCCGAACAAGUAUGAAGCUGGGUCCCGAGGCCUUCCGUUUCGAUGGCGGCGUAGAAGCCAUCGCCACACGGCAAAACGAGAAGUACUUCAUCCUGCGGCCGGAGGUCAUUGAGACAUACAUGUACAUGUGGAGGUUCACCCACGACCCCAAAUACAGACAGUGGGGCUGGGAGGCAGUGCAGGCUCUGGAGAAGUACUGCAGGGUGGUGGGGGGUUACAGUGGAGUGAGAGACGUCUAUGCUAACACUCCCAACCAUGAUGACGUGCAGCAGAGCUUCUACCUGGCUGAAACACUCAAGUAUCUGUAUCUUUUGUUCUCCGACGACGACCAUUUGCCCUUCGAACACUGGGUGUUCAACACAGAGGCCCAUCCUCUUCCUGUCAUUAAGAAACAGAACCCAGAAAUAGCAAACAAACUCAAGUAAUCUUCAUCCAACCCCAAAGCGCCACUGAGACGUAACUUCCUGAACCUGCUUUAACAGUGGAGAAGAGCUAUGGACGCAAAACCCCUGUGGCUGGAGAGUUCUUAUCCUCCAGGACUUUUUUCAUGUGUUUCUCCUCUGCCGUCUUUUCUCGGGAUUCCGCAUG